AUGAACGUGAGAAGCGCUUGCAUCUUGCAGUUCAGCUCAAACACGCCGCAGCCUUCUUGUAUUGCGACUCCGCCGAAAGACACCCGUUCCUCCUUGCACGGCGGAACGAGCGGCAUAUCACACGCACGCCAACGCAACUGCAGUCUGCCAUGGCUUCGGAUGAGCCAAUUACGCACAGGAUUUGACGUCAGCAUGCCAGCAACCUCCAAGCUUCGAGGGGGCGGCCUUCGCUUGCGGCCCUUUUACGCGACGGUCUUUUUGAUAUCCCUUUUGGUAUCUUGCUCUCUCUUGGCCAAAACGACCGAGAGGCAGCUUCACUUGCAAGACACGUCACCCCUCACCAAACGAUCCGAGUUCACCGAGUGCCGCGAUGUCCACCGCGCCGAUGACCAGUGCGCCUUUGUCAAGGCUCAUUGCGGUGAUGAUGAGGCUGGCCUACUUUCCUACCUCACGCUGUACUAUUGCGACCUUGCCAAUGCACAGUCCCUGGCCUUUGUCAUUCUGGUCUGCUGGCUCGGCUUGCUCUUCACAACCAUUGGCAUCGCCGCCAGUGAUUUCUUCAGCGUCAAUCUCAACACCAUUUCAGCAAUCCUGGGCCUCAGCGAGAGUCUAGCCGGCGUCACAUUCUUGGCCUUUGGCAAUGGAUCUCCCGACGUCUUUAGCACCUUUGCGGCCAUGGGCUCAAACAGCGCCAGCAUGGCGGUUGGGGAGCUGAUCGGCGCGGCGAGCUUCAUCACCGCCGUGGUAGCUGGAUCCAUGGCUCUGGUUCGGGAGUUUAAAGUGGGGAGAAAGACAUACGUCCGGGAUCUGUCCUUUUUCAUCGUCGCCGUGUGCUUCACCAUGGUGUUUCUGGCGGAUGGCCAUCUGCAUUUAUGGGAAUGCAUAACGAUGGUAUGCUACUACAUCUUCUACGUGGUUACCGUUGUCACCUGGCAUUGGUUAUCGACAAGGCGGAGUCAGCAGCGGGUCCGGGAAGCUGCCGCACGAGGUCAUGUGUACGGAGCGGUGGGGCAUUUCAACGACGAGCUGGCUCCGGAGCCAUACCGGGAUGAUCCCAACGACGAGGACCGUCACGUAAUUUCCGGCGCCGCCUCAAACGCUGGAGACAUCAGCGCACUGGAGGCUGGACCGAGAAUCGAAGUUGACGAUGAGGCCGAAGACGAAGAGGACGCGGAGGACAGCGACCACGGGCGGCAUGUGGUGGCGGAGAUGGCAAGCAGUAUGCGAGUUCUACGGCCCAGAGGCAGACGGCGUAACACCCUCACGCCCAUCCGUCCCAGUUUGGUCGGCGCCUUGGAGUUCCGGUCAGCUCUGGCUCAGUUGCAAAAGGAAAGCAACCACAGAAUGAGACCGAUGCAUGGUCGAGCAUACUCGGUCAAUCAUCUCGGAGGUAACAGCGAAACGAACACGGUAUUGGGACCGACUUCUGACUCGGGAAGAUACACAAUCGGUGCGGUCGAAGAAUUUGGGCAAAACAGGAAUCGUGCCUUGUCAUCUGGCGACAUUCCGGGUUCCGUCAACAGCCGAGAUCACUCCCCUUGGCGCUUCCCUGCCCAAGAUACUCCAGCGAACCCAAUCGAACAGGUCAAAGUCCAGGACGCUAGGAACCGAAGUCGAUCGCCAGCCUUCAAGAUCGGUGGCAAUCUAGCACCCCCGCCCAUCGAUUUAGCACUACCUCAACGUCAAGAUACAGGAGGCAGCGAGCCGCCAGAGUCUCGGCCAUCACCUGGUCAACUUUCACUUCAGAUCCCAAGUCGGCGCGGGAGCUUCAGCGACAGGUCUUCGCCCGCGUCGCCCUUCCCUGGCUACACAGAAUCGCCUCUUGUUCUGACGCCAGCUGCUCAGAAUGAGCCGACCGAGUUCUUCAUGCCGCCUGGCAUGGCUCGUCUGGAAGUUCCCUUUGCGCCUUAUGAGAUGGCCAUUCCUAAACCAGUGAGGUGGUGGCCAUACGCAAUCUUGCCUCCUCCGCACAUUUUUUGGGCAACACUGUUCCCGACUUUAUUGGGUUGGAAGCAGAAGAGUCUUUGGGACAGAUUUGUCAGUGCAAUCUCUGUCCCGAGCAUCUUGCUUCUGGUGUUGACACUGCCGGUGGUGGAAAACGAGAGCGCCGACGAUUCCUCGGACGAAACUGCAGUAGAUCCGUUGACGCGGGAUCAUGCUCAUUGCAAUGCUCCGACCCCAGCAGCUGCUCACGAGGGCCUCGGAGAAGAAACAGAGUGGCAGCGCUUCAGGCGAAGCACCUUGACGCAUUCUCGCAUGCACUCUGUUGACCAUUCCCCAAAGGGUUCUCCGGCACUCAUCGCAAUCGAUUCCCCGAGUGGUGUGCGUGUGGCAACGGAGAUACCGACAAGUCAUCCGCAACACACCAAACCAGCAGCACCGUUGCCUUCAGAAAGUAGCCUUGCUGCUGCCGAUGAUUCGGGACAGUGGAACAGAUGGCUUGUCGCAAUUCAACUUUUCACAGGGCCUUUGUUCGCCGUCAUCAUCUUAUGGGCGAACAUGAAGGAGGACUUCGAUCAGCCGUACAAGACUCUUGUCAGGUUUAUUCUCUAUACACUCCUGGUGUCUACGAUACUGCUCGGGUUUCUGUUGUUGACGACAAGCCCUGACAAGAGGCCCAAGUACCACUUCCUUCUGUGCUUCAUGGGGUUCACGAUCGCCAUCGCUUGGAUCUCAACCAUUGCCGGUGAGGUCGUUGGUGUCUUGAAAGCCUUUGGAGUGAUUUUUGGCAUCUCGGAAGCACUCCUUGGGCUGACCAUCUUCGCAGCGGGUAACAGUGUCGGUGACCUAAUUGCCGACAUCACUGUUGCUCGGCUUGGAUUCCCCGUCAUGGCUCUAUCCGCCUGCUUCGGCGGUCCCAUGCUCAAUAUUCUCCUUGGUAUCGGCAUCGGCGGUGUCUACAUGAUGGUACAGGCUGCCAAUCACCGACACAAGAAGCAUCCUGACAAGCCGUUCAAAUACCAUUCGUACAACAUUCAGAUCGGGGGCACGCUGAUGAUUUCGGCCAUCACCCUGCUCCUCACAUUACUUGGUCUUCUGAUCAUCGUCCCGAUGAACAAAUGGGUGAUGUCACGGAAGAUUGGAUACGGGCUCAUCAUUCUAUGGAUGAUCAGCACCAUUGUUAACGUGGUUGUUGAGCUGACGGGUGUCUGGACCGAUGUGUCCUAUUCCCUUACCUUUUAA